UUAUGAGAUAUUAUAAAGUUUCAUAACAUCUUCUGUGAAGUGUAGAUCGAAACAAUGAAAUGUAAAAGAAGUGUUAACGCUUCUUUUACAUUUCAUUGUCUCAAUUUACGUUUCACAGAAGUUUCGUUAAUGUUUCUAUUAUUCUCCCUUUACAUUUGACUUGCUCCCUUUACACUUUCACAUAUAUUUUCACCACGGAAACUUUUUCACCAGGAUUGUGAUCCAUUAUUUCGUCGAACGCAUCAAGUAUUUUCAGAUUUUCAGCAUUAACAAGAGUACAAAGAAGUUUUAGAUUGCAAUAUCGAUGUGAGACUGAUUCGUUUAUUGACUUCAGCAAAAAGCAUAACUCAUUCCUGUCUAACAUGUCUCUAUACAUUUGCUUGGACUUGCGAUAUAUGAUGACAACCGCAAUGCGGUUCUUUACAGACGACAACCUAUUUUCUGAGUUAAUCGUAAUGUUACUUUAUUGCACAGCGAUUUGGUAGCAAAUCUUAUUUCGAUUGCCAAAGAGACAUGUCUACCGCUACACAAAUUAAGAGGAUAGCAGAAUAGGAAAUACACAUUUGGAUUACUCGUGCUGAAGCUUUCGGUCUGUUUUAUAAUGUCAAAUGGCUUGUUACAUGAAAGCUGCAACUAUACACAAUAUUUAAAACCUGGUAUGAUCCAUUACGUGUACAAUUCCGACUAUCCUAAUGUUUCCAACGGCCGACAACAUUGCAAGUGGAUUGCGAAAAGUGAUUAUCGCGUUAGAUUAACGUGCAAUAGUUUCAACAUUCCGUGGAAUUUUAGAUGCGCCCUGGAUAAACUAACUGUACAUGUGAAUGAUUCCGCGUUUCAAUCUUACUGCGGCAACGAGACAUUUAGCAUAGAAUCGACAGGAGAGUUCAUGACCAUUGAAUUAUCAACGUCAUUCUGGUCGUCGGGAGUCAAGUUCCUGUGCGAACUGCAAGCGAUCGACGAAAUAGAGAACGACAAUUGCAGAUGCGGAUGGAAAAAGUCGACGAAAAUAGUGGGAGGUCUGGAAACUGGCGUGAAUGAAUACCCCAUGAUGGCUGGUCUCGUUGAUUCUCUUCAAAAAGAUGUGUAUUGCGGAGCGACUAUCAUAUCCAAAAAACACGUAUUGACUGCCGCACAUUGCUUAACCGAUAAAGACACAAGUAGCGUAGGCGUACUUGUAGGAGAUCACGAUCUCAGCACGGGUGCAGAUACAAAUGCCUCGCAUCUCCUCACUGUGUCCAAAUUUGACAUAUAUCCUCUUUAUAACAGCGAAACCUUAGAAAAUGACAUAGCUAUAGUAAUGGUAAAUUCUGUCAUAAGUUUCAGCGAGGAGGUCGGACCGGUUUGCCUUCCGUUUCAACAUCAGUAUGAUUCCUUUGCAGGAAGUUAUGUGGAUUUAUUGGGCUGGGGAACGACACAAUUCGGAGGAACAAAGUCAAAAACGUUACAAAAAGGCACUGUAGCCGUGAUCACGUACCGUGAGUGCCGUCGACAGUAUCCAAAUGUUUCAUACAGUCAGUUAUGCACUUACGAGAAGGGGAAGGACGCGUGUCAGUUCGAUAGCGGCGGUCCCGCUCUUUGGCAGAAUCCUGCGACGAAGCGAGAAGUUCUCGUGGGUGUCAUCAGUUUCGGAUUCGGUUGCGCCAAUGAUAAACCAGGAAUUAACACGCGUGUCGGCAUAUUCAUGGAUUGGAUCUUGUAUGCAACGCCGGAAAUCAAUUACUGCAAGUCCGAGUAAGAAGUUUGUAAAUAGAAAUGUACAAAUUUAUUUACAAUCAAUUGUUUUUAGAUAUUUCCAUUAUUGCACGCUAUUUAUAUUGUGAUAUACUUUCAUACAGACAAUAUUUUUUAUUCAAUUAUUUUAUUUUUAUGUAAUUAAGUAAGUCAAAUAUUAUACAAUCCAAAAGUAUUAACUUUUGUAUUGUAUAAUAUUUAACUUACAUAAUAAUUAAUUUAUGAAUUAUCAAAAUGCUAAAAUGCUAAAAUUAAUAUCGAUCUAGAGUACAUAAUUAAUAAUUAAUAACAAACGGAUGCGUGUCAAAAAUCUUUGAGCAAAUAUAAACAACAAUGUAUUUUAAUGUGUGUACAUAUACAAGAUGUUCCAAAAUAAUUGAAUUUACCCACUGGAACUACUAUAUGUAAAUUGUGCCCGAUGAUUGAAAUACCAUCAUUAUUUCGUUCGCGAGAUACUUGUACACACUUAUAAGAACUUUGAUUGUCCUUAAUGGGGAUUUCUAUGGUGUAGAAGGAUCAACAUUGACGGAUCGUAAACAAAGUCUCAUUAUUAAUAAAUUCCUGAAUGAGGAUGUGACGUGAGACCGUCUAUGGGAGGGAAUGGUCUAUGGUAAGCGUCCACUUACACCGACCAAUGUAGUAGUAUCACAUCAACUUGCCAUGGCGCGGUAUGUACUGAAGAUUUAUAUCGUGCUCUCUUACUCCGAGAGGUACAGAAAUAAAAUGUAUAAAAAUAAAAAAAUACGAUAUUCGGAUAAAAUUGCAAGGAACGGUCGAAGAGUGUCGAUUUUUUGCCGUAAAAACCAAUUCGUGUAAGUAGUUAUGUCACUUUGUUUUACUUAUAUAUAUAUAUGUGUCAGCAUGAGUAAUACUUAUAUCUUGCUAUUAAAAUAUACUGUUGUAUUAAUGUUACAUCAAAUGUCCUCGCGUAGCAAAUUUUUUAUGAAAACGUAUAUCAGUAUUGGUAAAUAUGACACUCUGAUAAAAACUGCAGACUGCACGAUUUUUUUUUCUAUGGAAAACGAUUCAAGUAAACUGUUAUCAUUUCAUUUUACUUACUUAUAUCAAGAUGAAUAAUAUUUAUCUUUCCAAUAUGUAUUUAGAAGUACGUACUGUAUCGACAUUAUAUCAAGUGUCCUCGCGAAGCAAAUCUUUUCCGAACGUAAUAUUGAUAAUAAUAGUUUCAUGAUCAUGGCAUUUAUUAAACAAAUUGAUUUCUUCGAUAUAUAUUGCAAUAAUGCAUCCUUGACAUAGUCGUUGACCCAAUGAUAGUACGCAAAUAGAUGUAUUCGUCUCAUUGCGACGGAACUCUAAUAUCAAAAAUUGUUCACAAGAAAAUAUUUUUCGUCUACAGAAAGAGUUCGGUAUUUUGUCCAAUCAGAGGGAUCAUUAACAAAAUUAAUUUUGUUUUAGAAUAGAAAAUUAAAUAAUUGAAAUGAAAUAAUUGAAUCUUAUAUUUCACAUAUACUUACAAACUUGAUGAAAAUUUAAUUAUUAACAUUUUCUCUUUCUUAUUAUCUCUUUUAUUAAAAAAAAUUUUGAACACAAUCAAGAUGUGAUAUUCAAUGUCAGAUACCGAAUAUUUCGUCGUGAGAACUUGGUGAAAUAGGACCGUUACCGGUUUGGGAUCCGCAUAAUCCACGUUUAUUUCCCAAGGGACGCGGUACCAUUCAGAAUAAUAGUACAAAAAUGCUUCAGACCGACGCGCAGAAAGAAGUUGAAUGACCAUUGUUGUAAGGACAGACGUGUAUUAGCAUGCAGUGCUAGAUGGAUAGUAAAGGUACGAACGUAGCUACCCAUGUCAUUAUUUCGCGCGAGAAAGACGUGCACGGUGAAAGACGAAAUCGGCAAUCUAUUCACUACUUGAGUUCUUCACUCCCGAUGCGUGUUUCAAUUUUCACGGUGCACGAUGGUAAAAGAUGAAGCAGAACUUUCGUAAACAGGAAGAGAGAUCAUGGGUAUCCUGUGCGUCACUCGUGGUGCGACCACCAUCGUUCGGUUCAUCGCAUUUAGCACGGUGCAUUGAACAGCAAGGACAUGUAUUGCUCAUUAUGUGCACGCGUCGUUAUGCAUUGUAUAACGUUGUUUCAAACAGUUUCUUUAUUUCCAACUAUUUGAAUUAUUUACAGCAAUAGCGGACGCUGUUGGAGUCUAUACAACAUAAUUAUUGACGUAAAAGUAGAGAACGUCAUUAGACGGAAUGUGUAACGUAUGCUGUGUAAAGGAUAAAUAGGCAGCAUCAUUAUUUCAUUACAAGUAUAAAGUUAAAAAUAAAAGUUUACAAAAAAUAUACAUAAUGCAGAUUGCAUCUUAUUAUCUUAUUUACCGUAAAAACUUUAAGAUUUUAUUUAAGAAUUUAGUGAACUUUAAUUUUAAAAUAUACAUAUCUGUGGAAAUAUAUUUUCUCCAUGUAGGUCUGACGUAUUAUAACAGAAAAGACGUUUCCGUUAAAGUAUUUAAUAAUUUCAUUAGAUAUAAAUUUGAAAAUGUUAUUAAACCACUAAAUAAUGAAUUAAUUAUGUAGGACUCUCAACGUGGUUGUUAAAAUAUCAAAACUUUUGGCAGCAUUGCUCAUCAUGCUUGAGUGUCCUAUAUGAUUAUUUUAGUCUAACAAAAUUAUUUUUAGAUCUGUAUCUAUAGCUAAUUUUUUAGGUAUAAUACAUUUAGUAAAACCGUUCUCGUGUAUAUUUCUUAUAUAAUACACUGCCAUGUAGAUUAUUAUAUAAUCUACUAUCUAAUAAGACUUUUCGAUAUUUCUUCGUUAGUACUUUGAGUCUAUUCGAACUGAUUUGUAGACGGAAAAUUAUUUCCAAGGUUUACACGAUAUUAUGCAAGCGCUGCUCGCGACACUGCUGCGCCAUAAUCGGCGUAGGUGUAUGGAUAGAAAAGAAAGAUGGACAAUAUAUUUUCUACACAGAUUUUUCUACACGGCACAACAUUUAAUGUUCAAAGAAGCACAACUAAGCGGAUUUUCUGGAACGUUUUCUAAAAUAUUCCUUUCAAACAUUUUGCAUCUCUACUAAAGUAGCUUCAACAGCAUAUACGUCCUACGCGAAGAUCGAAGUUUACUAGGCGCGGACGACCCAAGGGAGAACGUCGCAAGGGCUUUAUUAUUGUCGUGCAUCUGACACGGUUAUGAGUGUACCAAUGUUACUCGAUGCAAAUGCAGGUAAACGGUAAUGUACGGAGCGGCGGAUAGUAAAGAACUCGAGAACAAGGUCGAAAGGUUACGCGAUCGCUUAUGUAAUCCGGCGAAGCUACUGACUGACCCACCUCUAUGUACAUGCAUACGUAUGCACAUUACGUCUAUGUAUAGCGAGCUCGGGCAAAUCCCGCAAAACGUUUUGUCUGCAUCUUCUAUAAGGUGCUAUAGCAUCGAAUGACGUCACGGAGUGAACGCGCGACCGUCUUUAGUCACCGACGUCACGAGCUUGCCAAAAAUCCGAAGUAUCUUGUGCCAAGAGAAAAUAAAGGGUAAAUAUCUUUUUAAUGACAAGGUAUGCGAGAAUACGUGGGAAAUACGUGGGAAAUUUGACAUUUAAAAGAAAUGUGGCAAUAAAUAGAAAUAGCGGAAAGGGUGAAUUUAUUUCGUUCUCAACCCCCGCGUUCGAUUUAUUUCGAGAUAUAUUUAGAAAUACGUAAACUUGAGUUUGCCAAGGACUUCGGCUAAGCAAUGAUCACAGCGAAAAUUGCUUUCUUUUCGUCAAUCAAAGGGGUUGGUGAAGUGGAUUGGAGGAUUACGAUGAUGUUGGGAUAUUCAGGAGGCCUAGUUAAGAUGCUUUCGGAUCGAAGCGGUUACGACGAAAACGAGUGACACCGCGCAGUGAGAGAGGCUGCGCGGUCGCCGAACGUGUCUCUCUACUACCCCUUUGUGGAACAACAAUCCGAUCGAUGACGUCGGUUUGUAAGUUUAAAUCCCUCCGGAGGAGACCCGCGAAUUUCGAAACGUCGAAACGUGCGUCACUGAAACGUAAGCGAGGAUAGGAAAACAUUUUCAUCAUCGUGGAGUGCUAAAGGAUCAAUAGAAAUGCGCACACAGAACAAUUAGCGAAAUGAAGAGUCAUGACGCAGAUCGGCGGACAACAGGUUUAUCUGAAAACCUACAUUGACGCAAUUCCCCGUCAUCCCCCAGCGGUCUUUAUUGAGGAGAGCAGACACAUUUAUCAUUCGCUCUAUUAACGAUUGAUAAGAAUUGAUCGGGGCGCUUGAUUAAUUUUCACCGAAGUACAGCGCGUAUAAUCGAACGUGUAAUCGAACAAGUUAUUACGUCCGCACAGUAACUGAAAUUUGUAUAUUUUGUGGAAAAGGGAUCGCAUCUGAAAAAUCUGAGGCGUCUCAAAUCAUAUUUCUACCCCAUUAUAUGCGACCCGUUGCCUCUUCUGCUCGAUAAUAUAAUAAGAUAACAACGCUCGCGCUACCCGGCUCUUCACCGCUUAAAAGGGGUCGGUCGGUCGGUCGGCGUAUGCGCGUACGUACACAAUUACCACGGCCAAUCGGGGGACCGGACCACCGGUAGAACGAACCUUCGCCGUACGUAUUGUACAGACGUCGAUGUCGCUCCAGAGGUUCCCGUUCCGUAGGUCGGCGUUCCCUCCGCGCACGUCGUCGCGCACCAGCGUCGGCUCAGUCCGAUAUCGACGUUCGUACGAGGCGCAUAUUCAUACCGAGCCAACACACACGCCAGCACACACGGUGCGAAAUUUUACGCGGGCUCCCCCGUUCGCCGCUCUUCUCGCAUUUCCUGCUGACGGAACGUAAAGCAAACGAGGCGCAAAAACGGGGAAACAGACGCCUGGUGCCGACGACGCGGUGGAGUGGAGGCGCGGUACAUAUACAUGGGUACCAAAUGCCUCGGAAGUCUCGCUCUUCAACGACACACGCGCGUCCGCAGCGACGUCAGUCCGACCCGUCCGAAGAUAAAUAAUAAACUCGCCGAUAAUAACUUUUCCGAGACCUUGUACCGAAUCUGAAACAACGACGACGACGACGACGACGACAACGACGACGACGGCGACGGCGGCGGUGACCACGACGACGACGAGAGGCGCGACGCUGGCGUCGGCGACUACGUCUUCCUCGCGCGCAGAGUCGAACCGAGGGAGACCAAUUAUGAUGCUCGACUCGUGACUUCCAACUACAUCGAUCCGGCAGCGACUUAAAAGGAAUCCGACUCUGAUAAACCAGAAGGACUGCUGACGCUGAUUUUGACCGAGGCUGAAGAGGCACCCGGGCUCUAAGGAGGAACACCCUCUGUGAAAAUCGAGCUGCUUUAAACGUUCGAACAUCGUGUCACCGGCGCUCCGAGAAUCCAGAAGUUAGAGCCUCUCGUCCCUCUUUCUUUUUCAUCCCUCGCUCACCCUAUCUCCGUCUCUCUCUGUCUGCCUGUCUUUCUCUCUUGUCUCCUCUUCUCUCUAACGCUCACCCUCAUUUCGGCAUCUCGCUUCCGCGCGGAGGAUCGAUCGAUAUUUCGCCCCGACGGCGACUAUUAACGACACGCGUACUUUCAUUCGACCCCUCUUUCUCUCUCUUACACACACACACACACACACACACACACACACACACACACACACACACACACACACACACACACACACACACACACACACACACACACACACACACACACACACACACACACACACCCCGUUUUUAACCCCGCGAUUUGCUUCCGAACGUAACGUUAGGUGCGCCAACCCAUCGUCACUUCCUCUUCCAUUAAUGUCAGAGUGCGCGUGCACUGAAACCUCGCGUAUUUUCCAAACCGUCGAUACUCUUUGACAGCGAGAAUUAUAACACGUGACCCAGACGACGGAGACCCGUUUUCCCUCCGUAACGUCGCGUCGGCCGGCGCUCGAUUUUUAUCGGGCCACCUACGUGCCGCCCACCCCGUUUCGCGGAUCCUAUGACGUAUCCUUCCUCGUACCUCGCACCCUUACCAUCCUGCCUCAGCCCGUUUCUACGCGGCCGCAUGUGCGUCCGCAGACAGUCAAUAAGGAGUACCGUUUGGACACCCACGUAUCAGAAAGAAAGACGAACAGAACUCGGAUAAGAGACCACUGUUCUCACCGAAGGGAAGGGGUGUACGCUUAAUACUAUUAAGAAACGAAAUUGUUGCCGGUCGCUCUUCGAGAAGGGAAAGGCCGAU